AAUUCUUAAGGCGCGUAUAUCUUCCUGCAACACUACUUCUACUUCCUGUUAUUUUUCGACACUUCCUUGUUUUAAAAUAGUUCUGCAUUCUAUUUUGUAACUGUUUUGGUGUAAAAAGUAACGUAAGCGUUUCUGUGCGGUCUCAGAAUAAUAAUAAAGCUGCUACCUACAAAUCGAUGUGAUUAUUUUGAAGUUGCAGUAGUGUGUGCACUAGUGUUUACGAUUGCAGUUUCUGCUUUCAUUCUCGGACGCAUCUAGAGUCUUUGUGUUUACAGAAAUAACUCGAAUUUUUAAAAGGUUUAAGAUAAUGAUAGUUUCUUUUUAUAUAUCGACAAAUAAAUUCUAGUCAACGGAUUAGGGACUUUUUCAGUGCGUUUUCAAAAUAAACAAACUUGUUGCCAAGUAGAGUAAUGGCCUCGCGAUGUAAACAGAGUCAUUGCCUGGAUGGGGUAGUUUUAUACUUUCAAAAUAAUAGUUGAAAGUUUUUGAGCAUUAUUGUGUAUUUAUUUAUCUUGUACCAGAAAAAUUAGUCGCAGUUAUUCGUUUAUAUAAGGAUUUUCGAAAUAUUAAAUGAAACCAUUUUUUUAUGAAAUGACUGAGAUUCCAAAAUGAAUUUUGGUUUCAGUAGAAUCGUAGUGCAACUAUGCAGCGUUGCCCGUAUCUCUACGAGAUGAAAGAAAGACUGCUCGAGGACACAAUUCCUAUGAAAAUAAUCAUGCCCAAAGAAGUUCCACCACCAUGCCCUCCUUUACCAAAGGACCAACAACCACUCAUCGUUCAGCAUAAGCCAGUUGCGACUAUAGUCAAAAUAGAUAAUGCUGGGCUAACACACACUACCCCAACGCACUGCACUGCCGAUCAGACCCCUCUUGUGCCCGAGAAACCGGAAAGCAAGUUUUUCCCCAUUUGUCAGAAGAUAUUUCCAAAAAAUGCAAAGACAUCCCUGUUCAUUGUAACAAGUUUCGUCUACGCCAAACUUCUAGUCGUAAUAUGCAUCGCUUACGUCAUUUCGGAUAUAGUGACGCACAACAUACCCCCGUACUACUAUGAAGGAUUUUUCACUUACCUUUACGGUUUUAGCAUUCUUUUCUUACUGUACGUUUUCUGCUUUUUAUUGCAAGAAAGCUCUUGUUGUUCUGGAAAUGAAAAACAACCAAAGCCAGUUCCGAAAAAGAAUGUGAAAGACAAGGAAGUUAAAAAUAAAAAGGAAAAAGAUGAUAAAGAAAAAAAGAAAAAAGAAGCCGAAGCACAAAAAAAGCAGAAGAAAGAAAAGAAAGAUAAAAAGGAUAAGAAGCAGGAGAAGAGCACCUACCGGCGCAACUCUGAAGGGGUGGUUGACGCAGGCCUGGCAGCCGUGCCUGUGCCUGUAGAAGAAAUAACUCAAUCUCAAGCUGCUACUGUUGUAUCACAGGAACAGCCUCCUGUCGCUCCAGCAGCUCCAGCGGCUCCUGGUGCUACAACUGCACAACAAACUACUCGUCAGCCUACUCCACCUGCCGAUUCCGUAGCCAUAGAAUCCAGUUCAGAUUCGAAGAUCAAAUGUAAGCGCAAGACUUCACAGAACGAUCACAGUCACGGAAGUUUUUUCUUGAGAAUUGGUGCAAUAGCUUUUGGGUUGGGAACUAUGAUUUACAUCGGAUUGGAGUUUGGAGUAUUCUUCGAGGUACCGUUCAACUCUCCAUGUUACAUGAUCCUAAAGGGGGUAAAUCCUACGUUGCAGAUGAUAUUUACCUUUAUGCAAAUGUACUUCAUUUUUAUGAAUUCACGGCUCAAUAUACAUCGUUUUAAAGUGAUAGCACGGUUUGGAUUGAUGCAUAUAGUCGCUACGAAUAUUUGUGUAUGGAUUCGAACAUUCUUUAUAGAAUAUUUGAAAGAUAUUACAAAAUAUCAUUUAAAAUUUAACAAUUCUACAAACUUGUCCAGCGAAGAAGCAUUUUCAGAAAGUGUAAAGGCACAUAACUUACGAAAUGUGAACACUGUUCUAGGAAGUCACAAAGCAAUACCAGAUAAGGUACUGCAAACAACCACUUCCUUUACAACGUUACCUCCAGUUUCUACGACCGUAGCAACAUUCUUCAAUAAAAUAGUUACGACAUUGAGACCUUCCCCACAUAAUCCAAAUCCAUGGUAUUUUCCAAUAACCACAACUGUUAAGAACAGUCCUGGAAACUUAUGGAAAAUGGUCACUACUACCACUUCAACAACCAGUACUACAACUACAACAACUACGCCUUCCCCUACAACUACUAGAAUCAUUCCGAAAACAACAGUAGCUAGAGUUUGGAGAGCUAUCACAACAAGUUUGAGUUCAAGUGCCACUCCUAGUGCUACUACGACCACAACUAGUACUACUCCUCCUAUUACUUCAAAAGCUACUUUCACUACUCCAACCACUACUGCGUUACCUACCACAAUUUCUUUUCACAAUUUAUUCGAUUCUAGUCUAGUUCGAAGUAUUACGGCUGACAAUAUCAACAGUGCCUCUGAGAAUAAUGUAGCGGAUCUAUUUCCAGAAAUUGGUAAUACACAUACAAACAAUGAAACGGAGUUUUUGAACGACAUAAUUCCACAAGCAUUUACAUUUACGUCGUUGUAUAACAGAACAUCUAAUAAUUCAGAUCAUUGUGGUAGACUGAAUAUAAUGGGAACAAUUGUUGAAGAUUCCGGACCCUAUUUAUAUCCAUUUAUUAUAGAAUUUUCUCUAAUUGGAGCAGCUGUCAUUUUUGUUAUGUGGAAGCAUAUUGGACGAAAUCCAAAAUAUGUGAAUCAGGAGAACCUAGAACAUCGUUUGGAGAUUAUGUUAUCUAGAAGAGCGGUUGCAUUAGCCCAAGCACAACAGCACGGUCGUGUCGAUUGUGUUGGUGCUUCUAAAGGAUUGUUCUUCGGAUUGUUGAUGCUAGUGGGAUCCUUGAUAUGUCUUAUUCUGUUUUUUGUGUUAGUUUCAAACAAUACAUUUAGAGUUUUAGCGGUGUAUUUGGCCGAAGUUUCCCAUUGCGCUCUAUUGGUAUUGAGUAUCAUAGCAAUUUUGAUUGGAUUUAUACGAGUGAAAUCAUUGAAGUUCAAAAAAGAAGAGCAAAGUGAUUUAAAUGACAUAUUGCUAAGAAUUUCAGCAUUUGGACUUUUUCUCUAUGCAGUUUUUAGCGUGAUCGCAGGACACUUACAUGCAUUUUCCCAAGACGCUAAUUUAUUAGCAAUGAUUACAGGAAUUCUAGUAGUUAUUCAAGUGAUUCUUCAGCUGCUCUUCAUCGCUGACGUAUCACGUCGUCGAGUUCACCUACCGGAACAUGAUAGGUCCAAACCAGGACGUCAAGUUGUCACGUUCUUAUUAAUUUGCAAUAUAACCAUUUGGAUAAUAUAUACUUUCGAAAUGAAAAAAGUUGAAGAGAAUCCGGUCCAACUAAAAUAUUACGGGUACUUGACAUGGGCCAUGGUUCAAAGACUAACACUGCCACUUUGCAUUUUCCACAGAUUCCAUUCAGCUGUAGCAUUAGCGGAAAUUUGGAAAACUAGUUAUAAACCACGACUUGAAUGAGAAAGUUUAGAUUAAUAAUUCAAUGAUGACAUUUUUUCAAACUCGAGCUAAAUAUUUCCCAGCAAACACAUCGGUGGAGAUAUAGCACUAAUAAUUUAAGUAGACAUUUAAAAUUAUAUAUAACGAUUUACAUUAUAAACUAUAGAAAUACGUGUUUUACAAAAUCGUAUUAUGUUGAUGGUGUAUUUAAAAAUAUAUAGAGAUAAGGUAAGAAUGUUCAGUUACAUAGUAGCUGCGUUUUAAGCAGUUACUGGUAAAUAAGUUGUCACUAAAUAAUUUCAUUAAAUUAAAGACUAGAUUUCUACUAAUAAAAUAAUAGUUUUAUCAAAUCUGUUGACACCGCUGUAUAUUUACGAUCAAGAUAAAAAUUAAGCAUGGACCUCAUGAACACUGUGUCAAAAUAUUGGCUGUAGAAAUUUAUAAUUAACUGAUUUGUAGAGCUAGAUAAACCCGGGCAGGUUAAAGGUAUCUAAUGAACGCAAAAUGGAAAGUAUACGACAAAGAGAAAUUAUUGCACAACCAAAAUAACAUCAAAGGUGAAAAGCGAGCAUUUUGAAAUCAUUUUAGCAAUUAGCAGCUCUAUAUUAAUAAUUCAGAAUAAGAAAUUAUUCUUCCAUAAAUAAUUCUUACAUCAUAACGUGCAUGGAAUUCUAUAAUAUUCAUUUAAAAAAGAUGGAUAAUUAUUUUUAAUCAUACACACUGAUGAUAACUAUUGCAAAUUCUUCCUAAUUUCCACAAUAUCAUAACACUGCAUUUCAUUCAUUCCUAAUAUUGAAUUUUGAAAAUAUUUAAUAUUAAAUAUGGAAUAAUUUCGGAUAUUUUACCUUCUUCAUUUUAUUUACAUUUACCCUAUACAUAAACCAUUAUGGCUAAAGAAGAGAGAAGAAAACAAUAGUAGAUAACUUAGGACGUUGAAAAUGACAAACUGGAAGAAAAUACCCUAAAUGAGCAGGAAAACAUGGUAGAUUAGUUUUGAAAGGAAAAAUUGCCAAGAUCUGUUGCACUGGAUUGGAAGUGAAAAAGUAAAAUCAAAUACUUGACGUUCAUAUGAAAGUAAUUUCAUUAUUUGUAUUCGAUUAUAUUUUUUGAUAUAUUUCAAAUUUAUUGAUAUAUUAGAAAAUAAGAUAUUACUAUAUAUAAUAAGGUGGAUAAAUGUAAAAAAAGUAGUGCUUCCUUCAUAAAAUAGAUGUGUUUGCUGGCUGAGAUCACACGAGAGUAAUGUGAUCCUUCGUUUUUUUACCGACACUAUUUUCGACUGUUUAUACAAAAAAAAAUUGGCGAUGAAAAAUGUAAGUUAGACAAUGCAAUGUUUUACUGUGAGACCAAUUUUACUAACCUUUACCGUUAAGCACAUUCACACCAUCAAAUCGUUUGUGGGUUAUUUUGCCUUUUAUUAACUCAGAUCUCUUCGUUCUCUUUGCUCAAAGUACUGUUUAAAUGUAAUCCUCCUGUAUGUAUUAUAGUGUUAUUUUUUUACUUUCAAUAGAUUUAUAGGCAUAUAUUUAAAGAUUAUUAGCCAUUUUUUUCUAUAUAAUGUACAUGUACAUAAGGUUUUUUGUAAAGAAUUAUUUUUCUGGUCGGAAGAAAUUAAAAAGCAGUUCAAAAAGAAAUGGUUGGAAAUAGUACCAUUUGUAUCAAGGAACAAAAAACUGAUAGAAAUGUGUAGGAAAAUAGCAAAUGUGAUACAGUAAUUUAGAAAGUGUUUGGGAAGAAUUUCUAAAAUGAAGAAUUAUACCAGUCUUGAGAGCGAUAAGGAAAGUAAUUAAAUAAAUGAUAGAAUAGUAAAUGAAAUUUUCAAAGAAAAACCAACAAAAUUAAGAAGUGACUGAAAAAAUCAAUUUACAAGGAUUAAAGGAAAUAUAAAACAAACUAAAGUAGCAAAUAUAUAGUUAUGACAAGGCUACAACGAGAUAGUAUUUUGAAUUCUAAUAAUCGAAAAGUAAUAUUUAUCUAACUUCUAUCUUUAGCUUGCAACCUAUGUACAUUGUACAUGUUACUAAUACACUAUCUUACUACCACUAUUGGAUCUGUUCAAUUGAGGAAGGAGCCCGUAAAUGUUCACAUAAUUCUAUAACAUAUAUAUAUAUAUAUAUAUAUAUAUAUAUAUAUAUAUAUAUAUAUAUAUAUAAAUAUACUUCUUCAAAUAUCCAGUAGGUGUCUAAUAAAUGUUAGACUAAAUAAAUUUCAGAUGAUGAUCGAUUCGAAACAAACAUCAUUCAUAAAAAUAUAAACCGAGCAUUCGCAUAUGAUGUUUAUUUUAACAUUAUUUAUCAACAAUUUAAUCAAAUAGGCUUCAUUUUGGCUCUUCUAAUGAAAUUUCAUAAGAUUUUAUAACAUUGUUUAUUAACAUUAUGGAAAAAAAUAUCAUUUUCCUUACAUGCAUGUAAAAGCAUGUAUAAAUAUACUGUAUGUGAACGAAACGUUCUCUUUUUGUGUAAAGGUCUUACAGUUUUUCACUAUAUACGGACUCCAAAAUGGACAUUAUGAUAAUUCACUAGUUUUUAUUUGCUGACAAGUGAGACAACUGACUGCUAUAAAACAUACUAUACGCAAAAGUUAUGAAAAGUAUGUACUCAAUUUUGAUCCAAGGCAGUUUUUCUUUUAUUUUGAAAACGCCAUCCACCUAGCAUUAAGGCAUUUAGCUGGGUUUGACCAGGUGUAAAUAUCAGCGGUUGCCGAUUCUAUUCAUAUCAAGCAUGACAUCGAACAAUUAAGAUCUGUUCUGAUUAUGAAUCAGAAUUACAAACCAGAAAGUGAACUUUGUGACUAUUUGUUGAAAAUAUAUUCCGUUGAAAACGCAAACUUUCCUCCUAUUAUGUGGGCGAAAGAGGGCUAUAGUUACAAGAACGACUAAUUAUUGUGAAUCUUCUCAUGCAAAAUUAAAUUUUUCUUUUUACGUAACAGAUCUAUCCAUAUAUGUCUUUCUUGAAAGAAGUUAAAAGAAUGAAAAUUGAAACGUAUGUAAAAAGACGAAGUUUUGAUGUUAGUAUCAAUUCAAAUGUUUUUUUUUUUGGUUCCGAUAUAGAAAUUCGGCGACCAUUUUACCUAGUACGACGAGUUCAGCACCGCCGUCGCAUACGAACCAAAUAUGCUAGGGAAGCCAAUUAAGAGAAGCCUGAUUGCUAAACGUAUAAAUAGAAAUACUUUCUGAGAAAGCAAAUUUAGACGUAUGUGAGAAGUUUUUAUUCUGUACUUGAUAGUGGUUCAGACUUUGAUCUACCUUUUUUUUGCCCAGAGGUGAGGUGGAAGCUAAUGCCUUCCUCACAACGGGCGGGUGCAAAUGCUGUGAGUUUGUGUGGGACUCUCACCCACUAAACCACCCUCCUCAAUCCUUGGGAGUGUCGUACGCCGGGAGGACAACAAAUUGUCAUUGCAUCAGCGUACAACACUUAAUCCUUUGGAUUUUUUGAGCUGUUUCUUAGCUUCACUUCUGUCCACCAGUCCGUCAAGACGGCACGAGAAGAGAGGAAGUUACUGAGCCACUCCACCAACUUCAAGGUCUUACAGCUCCCAAAACUGGCACCACUCCUCUACCUUAAAUGAACAGAUUCAUUCAUUCAUAUUUUAUUCACCUCCGCAUUUUUAAGAUAUUUAGUUGAAAAUUCACGAAGAAAAAUAUUUAUAUAUUUUUAAGAUGUUUUAUAUACUAAAAAUACUAGUCAAGCAAUUAUUUAUUUAUAAAGUUGCAAAUAUAAAUGGAAUUUAUUUUAGAAAAAGUUUACUAACAAAAGACCCGGAGACGUUAUACAGCAGGCAUAUUGUAAUUUUUUCCAAGGUUCAAUUCUAUUAUAUACCAAACAUAUCUAUAAACAGAAAAUAUGUACAGGUAUUUAUUUAUUACUUGAUGUUUUCUAAGCGAUAUAAGAUACUUAUAAGCACAAAAAUAUUCAUUUAAAAUUUAAAAAAUUAGAAUAGUUCCUGCAAAUUGUCGUGUAUUAAUUAAGAUUUAAUUGUUUGCUAACAUUUCUGAUAACACAUUCUUCAAAUAUGACUCAAGUCGCUGAAAUUCUGCAACAUAAGUUUUCUUGAUGAUAUUUAUUACUGAAAAGCAAAUUUCGCUUUAUAAUAAAAUAUUUCUUAUUAAUCAUAAAUGUAAUUAUCAAAUUUCACAAAAAAUUAAAUGGGCUAAACGUUACUUCUAAUAUACAGCAAUUAUUUUUGGCAAAAUAUACACCAACCUAACAAAAGUUUAGGUAGAUGAAUAUAUAAUGAAAGAAAUAUGUCAACCAGCCAAUCCUACAAUACAACACUCCUUUACAUACCAGUUCUAAUUUGGUUAACUAGUAUCUGACUUAAUACUUAAUCGUUGAGCAAAUUGUAAAAAACUAAGUUAUAAAGUUUUAGCGUCUUAUUAACACUGCCCUUUAAAUUAUACUAACUAUAUACCAUUUUUGAAGAAUAUGUUAACAGACGUACGAGAUGUCUGAAUAUAUCAUAAAAAAUGAAGACAUCUGUUUAAUGAUUUCAGGAGAAAUCUGGUUAUAACCGUAUAUUAACAUAUUACUAUAUUUGUGAGCGCAAAUAAGAAAACUUACAGUAAAUAUGUAGAUUUAUACUAUUCUUGUUAAAUAAAGUUGUUAAACUGUAAUAUUCGACGACAAAAGUUUUUUUUAUCUUUUAAAUGAAUGGAAUAAUCUGAAAUCGCGAAAUAAAACAUCCGUCCUAGCCUUGACUUCCGCACGAAAUGUGGGACUUAAGGACAUCUACCCUUUCUAAUAAAGGUAGUUCCGAAUUGGUUCUUCUUCUUCUCUGUUGCAUAAUUGUUAUGUGAACCUUCCAUUUUGUUCACCCAUAUAUUGAUAUCAAACGUUAACUUUACUUGGAACCAGUUGGUUCCAUGCAACGUACACACACAAAAUAAUAAAAUAUUUCUUCAACUAUAAUAAAAACGAGAUGUCAUCUACAUAUUUACAUAGUUAUUAGUUUUUAUUUAUUACGAGUUAACCAGUUCACUCCUGUCAUUUAAAUAUUGUUGGUAAGGAAGUCUUCGAAUUUUUAAUCAAGAGUGACAUAUUAAGUACUUUUUAUAAAAUCAGAUAAUGUAAUUUUAGCUAUUUUGAUAACUAUCCAUUUUUAUAUGUUGAGAAAAUGAAACCCGUAGUAGGUACUAGUCAAUUUCGUCUUUUCAAAGUCCAAAAGAAUACUACUUUCAGUAAAAAUAUACUUAAUAUGUGUCACAUCUGAUACUCAGAUAUCUAUAAUGUAUAGAUAUGUGUGUUUUCUUCAAUUAGAUUAAUAUGUAAUAGAGUAAAUACUCCGCCCUGUAUAUAGUUCAGAUUUAUUUAUCAAAUGUUUUAUUCAAAUUAGAGAGCUGGAGAUAUAUUCUUACUGUCUAUUCAAUAAGUUUUAAACUAAUAUGUGUAAUAUGUGAUGUUUUGGAAUCUAAUCUUUAAUUUGCAUGGAAAACAUAGUAGUAGUCAGGCCGCUGAAUAUAGUAAUGAACCCAAUCGAAUGCAGUGAAAAUAUAGAAUAUCUAUAUAAUUAUCGCUAGUAAUACAGAAACUACCUCUAAGUCAACACAGUGUCUCAAAUUGGAAUAUUUUAUUUGUGUAUUUCGAAGCCGACUGAAUUGAAGAUAAUUUACUCUCAAUCUGCUUCCAAAACCUUAAUAUAAAAUGAGGUAUGAGUAUAAGGGUCAAGAACCAAAUACUCUUAAUCAGUGGCAACAGUACCAACUGCCAAAUGAAUAUUACAAAAGGUGUGAGUGGUUCUAUUUGGAUAGAAACUAAUUGCUAGCAGUCUUCCGAAAAUCAAGUGGCCAUAAAAUCAAUCAACUCACAAAUGAAGGUAAAGAAAACGAAAUACUAGUAAUCCGCUAGUACACAGGGAAAUACAGUGGAACAAGCUAGUUUAUAAUUUGACGAGAACGCAAGCUAUGAACCUUCCCACUAAAUUUAAUAAAAACCAUAGUAGAAGUGUUUUUGAAUUUAACUGUUUCACGUUUUCUAAUCACCAUUCCAAUUUCCUACUUAUUGUACUCAUAUAUUACCAGGUCAAUAAGUAGUUUAUGGAGAAAUUUUUCAUAUGCGUAAUAAGAUGAUGCAUUCGAAAAAUAUUUUGUACUGCAUUCAUCAAAUAGACCGUUACUAAACAUUUUCAUAACCACCAGCAGAGCGAGCGUACUCGUAAAACAGUUGAUAAUUUUUUCAAAAAUCGUAACUGACACCGGCCAACAGAAUGGAAGAAGAUAUAAUUCAAUUCAAUACUACUCAUAUACUUUCAUAAUAAUCGGUUUGGAAAUCGAGACCAAUACCCAAUAGAGGGAAUAUAACUUUGGAUUAAUAAUGAUCUGUAGCGAUAUUUUUCCACUUUUAAUUACUUAUUACUACUGUAUAUCGGGGUUAAUUGUUUUCAGCGGCACAUUCUCUUAUGUUCAGUAGGUGUCAGCGCCACAAAAUUGAGAAUUGUCAGAUAUAGCAAUUCCUGAAUAUUUUUUAUUUAUAUCAACCUUAGAUAUAUAAGAAAGUUUGUUACUUCUAUGCAGACUGUCGUUAGAAAUAUAGUCUUAACAAAUA